CGCAUGAGGGGGCGUGGCCCGCGCCAGGGAGAAGGCGUGGUUAUACCGGUGAGGGGCGUGGCCUAGAGGGAGGCGUGGCCAUCCGCGGUCUCCGUGAGCCCCGGGAGCGGCGGGAGGGGCGUGGCCAUCGACGGGAGGGGCGUGCCUACCGGCGGGGGCGUGGCCAGCGGAGGCCCCGGUGUGGCGGGAGGCGGCGGGGCCGCCCGGGUGAGGCGGGCCGGGCUCGGCUCCGCGCCGGUUCCUCCUCCCGGCGCUGCGCGGGGAAGCGUGAGGGUCCCCUCAGGCCGCGCCUCCCCUCAGGCCGCGGCGGGAGCCCGGGCCCGCGCCAGGCCGUGCCGCGCCGCGCCGCUCCCGGUGCCGUGAGGGGAAGAUGGCCUCUCGGAGGAUCACCCGCGACACGUUCGAGGCCGUGGUGCAGGACAAGGCGCAGCGGUACCGGAGCGGUGCCGCGGGGGACGCCAUCCAUCAUUUCCCAGCUCACUCGCGGCCGCUGCCCCGGCCGCGCUACAACGAGAGCUUCCCCCACGACGGGCGCUUCCCUCACGCCAACUGCCAGCCCCGGGACUGGGGCGAGGAGCCCGGCGAGGAUUACCCUGGCGAGAGCUACCCCGGGGAGGACUAUCCUGGAGAGAAUUACCCUGGGGAGGACUAUCCUGGAGAGAACUACCCCGGCGAGGAUUACCCUGGCGAGAACUACCCCGGCGAGGAUUACCCCGGGGAAAGUUACCCCGGCCCCUCCUACAGGGCCGCCAGCCCCCUGCUCCGCAAGGAGAACUAUUUCCACGGCCAGUUCUCCCGGCCCGCGCCCCGGGAGCGGGAGUUGGGCCGGGAUUACGGCAAGUUUGGCCGUGCAGCUGCCCCCGGCAGGGAGCACGGGCACCCCCCGGGCCGCGAGUACGGGCAGCAGCACCGCGAGUACGGGCAGCAGCAGCGGGACAGGGACUACGGGCAGCAGCAGCAGGGUUACGGCCCCUCCGAUUGCUGGGAAGCCGGCGGGCAGCAGGCAGCGGGGUUCGGCUCCUCGGAGCUCUUGGGGGAUUUCAGGUCUCCCGGGCUGCUGGAGGAGGAGUACGGCCCCGCGGAGGAGCAGGAGUACGGGGCGGCGGACAGCGCGUUCCGGCCGCCGCUGCGCAGGGGGGGCGCGGCCAGGGGGAGAGUGCUGAGGGGAAAACGCCCCACCCGGGGCGUGGGGAAACCCAAGGUGUUCAAAGCAGACACCAAAAGCCCCCUCAGGAAGUGGGGUGUGAAGAAAGCGCAGCCAGGCCUGGAUCCCAAAGCUCUGGAUCCGCCUCUGGAGGUGGCCGAGCACGCCGAGCAGAGGCCGCUGCCCCUCCAGCAGCACCCCAAGCUGCCCCUGCACCCCGCGGCAGCCCAGAGAGCCAUCCUGAGGCUGCCAAAGCCCGCCCACGCCUUCAGGAACCUCAACUUCGACCUGGUGGACAAAUCGGACAUUUUCUCCACCUUCGGCAUCGAGAUCAUCAAGUGGGCUGGCUUCCACGCCAUCAGAAACGACGCCGAGUUCUCGCGGCUCUUCGGGGCCCUCUUCGAGCUGGAGACCGAGACCUGUGCCAAGAUGCUGGCCUCCUUCAAGUGCUCCCUGAGGCCCGAGCACAGAGAUUACUGCUUUUUCACCAUCAAGAGCUUGCAGCACGCCGCCCUGAAAACCCCCAAGGUGGACAACGAGUUCUUGAACAUGCUGCUGGACAAGGGGGCCGUGAAAACCAAGAACUGCUUCUUUGAGAUCAUCAAACCUUUUGACAAAUACAUCAUGCGGCUCCAGGACCGGCUCCUCAAGGGGGUGACCCCGCUGCUGAUGGCCUGCAACGCCUACGAGCUGAGCCUCAAAACCAGCGGCUUCGGCAACCCCAGGGACAUGGCCAACGCCUUCGAGACCACCGUGUCCCUGUGCAGGAAGUCCCUGGCCCUGCUGGGCCAGACCUUUGCCCUGGCCUCUGUGUUCAGGCAGGAGAAAAUCCUGGAGGCCGUGGGGCUGCAGGAGAUGGCCCCAGCGCCCACGUCCUUCCCGAAUUUCGACGACUCCACGCUCUUUGGGAGGGAGUACAUCGAGAACCUGAAGGCUUGGCUGGACAAGAGUGGCUACCCCAUCCAGAUGAAAAGAGCAGAGGCAGCAGCCACGGGGCAGCUCGGAGCAGCCUCCCCCGGCCCCAGAGCCCCCCAGCGAGCUGACAGGAAGGUUCUGGACACAAUUGAGCAGCUGGUGAGCAGCAUCGUGGCAGGAACUUUGUCUGCCAAGGACAGGAGUGCUCAGAAGAACUCUCCUGAAUACUGGUUCCUGUGUGACGAGGAGAGCCUGGAGUACAAAUACUACAGGCUGAGGCUGUCGGAGGUGCAGAGGAGCAGCCUGGCAGGGGAGGCAGCAGCCCCGGAGUCCCUCAGGGCCAUGCUCUAUGCCAGGAGAGUGGCCAGCAUCAAAAGGAGACUUUUCAAGCACAAAAAAAAGCCCGUCCUUGUCCCUGCCCGUGCCAGGAGGGUGAGGAGGGCGAGCACGGGCACCCAGACCCUGCUGUCAGCUGGCACCGUGCUGAAACAGCCAGACAAAAAUCCUCCAGGUGCCAAGGCUGGCCUGGCACAGCCCGGGCUGGCCCAGCCUGGCCUGGCUGCCACCAGCUGUGCCCCUCAAGGUGCCACCAGCUGUGCCCCUCAAGGUGCCACCAGCUGUGCCACUCAAGGUGCCACCUCCUCAGCCCCCCAAGGUGCCAGCUGUGCCCUCCAAGGUGCCACCUCCUCAGCCCCACAAGGUGCCAGCUCUGACCCUCAAGGUGCCACCUCCUCAGCCCCACAAGGUGCCAGCUCUGACCCUCAAGGUGCCAGGUGUGCCACUCAAGGUGCCACCUCCUCAGCCCCAGAAGGUGCCAGCUGUGCCCCCCAGGGUGGCAGCUGCUGCCAGGUGCCCGAGGCAGCAGAGGCAAGAGCAGAUCCCCAGGCUUUGGCCGCGGCUCCCGAGCUCCUCCCAGGCCUGGGCUCGCCCUUUGCUGAGGUGGAUGCCAAAACCAUGGAAACGGCAGAGAAGCUGGCCAGGUUUGUGGCCCAGGUAGGACCAGAGAUUGAGCAGUUCAGCAUUGACAACAGCGCAGAUAACCCCGACCUCUGGUUCCUCCAGGACCAAACCAGCCCUGCCUUCAAAUUCUACCGCAUGAAAGUCUUGGAGCUGUGCCCCUCCAUCACCUUCAGCCCCGAGGCUGCAGAAGCUGCCAGAGCUGCAGGGCCAGCCCUGGACAUGGAGGAGGAAGAGGAGGAGGAAGAGGAGGAGGAAGAAGAAGAGGAAGAAGAAGAAGAAGAAGCUGAGUUUGAACCCUCCCAACCUGAUGAGGAGGAUGAGGAGGAUGAGGAGGACGUGGCAGCAGGUAGAAGGGUGACAAAGCUAGAGGAAGAUGUGGUGUCCAGAGCAGGAGAGGAGGUGUCAGGAGGUGAAGUGCAGCUCUCCAGCCCCCCUGACGGCGCUGUCCCAAAUCUGUCGACACAGGCACCCGGCCCGGGCCCCGGCGCGCGCUUCCCCCGCAAACGGGUCAGCUCCAAGUCCCUGAGGGUGGGCCUGAUCCCGGCCCCCAAACGGAUCUGCCUCAUCCAGGAGCCCAAAGUGCAUGAACCUGUCAGGAUUGCUUAUGACAGACCCCGGGGCUGCCCUGUCACAAAGAAAAAAAAGAAGGCCAGGGCUGUGGAGGCGCCCCAGAAGAGGCUGAGCCCCAGGAACGUGGGCUUCCAGAUGCUGCAGAGGAUGGGCUGGCAGGAGGGGCACGGGCUGGGCACGCGCGGCCGCGGCAUCCGGGAGCCCCUGCACCUGGGUGCAACCUCUGCUGGGGAGGGUUUGGGAGUGGCAGGGGAAGAAAACCAAGAAGAUGCUUUUGACAUUUUCCGCCAGAGGAUGAUCCAGAUGUACCGGCAGAAAAGGGCAAACAACUCCAGGCUCUCUUCCAUGAAGACCCCAGGGCCCCUCCCCUCCCUCCCGUGCUCUCUCUGCUGGAUUUGGUCGGAUUUCCCUGGAAUUCCACCCCAAACUCUGGAUUUUCCACCCCAAACUCUGGAUUUUCCACCCCAAACUCUGGAUUUUCCACCCCAAACUCUGGAUUUUCCACCCCAAACUCUGGAUUUUCCACCCCAAACUCUGGAUUUUCCACCCCAAACUCUGGAUUUUCCAUCCUAAAUUCUGGAUUUCCCUGGAAUUCCACCCCACACUCUGGAUUUUCCAUCCUAAAUUCUGGAUUUCCCUGGAAUUCCAUCCCAAACUCUGAAUUUUCCCUGGAAUACCAUCCCAAACUCUGGAAUUCCAUCCUAAAUUUCAGAUUUUCCCUGGGAUCUACCCCAAACUCCAGAUUUUCCACCCCAAACUCUGAUUUUUCCAUCCAAACAUCUGAUUUUCAACCCCAAACUCUGCAUUUUCCCUGGAAUUCCACCCCAAAACUCUGGAUUUUUCCAUCCAAACAUCU